AUGACGACCGACAAGACUGCCCCUGUCGCAAUUCUCGGGAGUGGUGCAUGGGGAUUGUCAGUGGCUCUGCAUUUGAAGAACGCUGGGUACAACGAUAUCACGGUUUUCGACAGAGCAUCAGAGAUACCUUCACCAUAUUCUGCUGGGUACGAUCUGAAUAAAAUUGUUCGUCCGGAAUAUGAAGACCCGUUCUAUAGAGAUCUAGCUUUGGAGGCUAUCAAAGGCUGGAAGACACCUUUGUUCGGUCCAUACUUUCACAAAACUGGAUAUGUGGUGGCAACGUCUGGCCGUGCGCCUCAGAAAGCGGUCACACAUCUCCACGAAGCUCUAGCAUCCAUAAAAAAUCACCCGGUUUUCAAGCCAUUCGUCUCACCAUUAAAUGAUGCGCAAAGCUUCAAAGAGCUCUUCUGGCAAUUUCGCGGCCCUGUUACUGGAUUCAAGGGCUACUUCAAUCGCUAUGCAGGGUACGCGCAUUCUUCAAAUGCUAUGAAAGGCAUCCAUCAACAUCUUGCUGGUCGAGGUGUCAGGUUCGUCCUUGGAGCAGAAGAGGGUCGAGUGACCGACCUUCUCUAUUCAGGACAAGGUGCAUCUCGCCGAUGUACAGGAAUCAGAGUAGCGAGUGGCACUAUCCAUGAAGCAAAAUUGGUCAUCUCGUGCCUGGGAGCCUAUCAGGCAGAAAUUCUGCCCGCAGCCGCCAGUUUCAACGUUGCUAAGUCAUGGUCUGUAGCGCACGUGCAGCUCACUGAAGCGGAAUGCGACCUCUUGAGAGGCAUACCAGUACUUAAUGUAAGAGACCUGGGCUUCUUCUUCGAACCGGAUCCUGCCACAAAGUUGUUCAAACUCUGCCCGCUAGGUGCGGGAUAUGUGAACACCAACGAGAAGACUGGCAUCUCCCUGCCUCCUCUCAAUGCUUUGCCGGUUCCUCAAAACUGGAUACCCGCUGAAGACGUGGUGAAGUUGAGGACACUGCUCCGAGAGACGCUGCCGUGGCUGGCUGAGCGACCUCUUAUCGAUCAAAAGAUGUGCUGGUUCGCUGACACGGCAGAUUCGGAGUUCUGCAUCGAUUUCGUGCCAGAUACAGAUCGCUCCGUGGUACUGUUGUCGGGAGACUCUGGACAUGGAUUCAAGAUGAUGCCGAUUGUUGGAUCUUGGGUGCUCGAUCUACUCAAUGAUGGUCGACAAAAGUUGCCCAGGUGGCAAUGGCGACAGACUGAUCGAAAGAGCAGCAAGGAUUGGGGCGAUGCGGUAUCUUGGAGAAUCGGAACGACAAAGGAGAUCCGUGAAGUGGUCGAGGAACGCGAUCGCAUGGUGAAAGCUCGACUGUAA